AUGGCUUUCCGCGCGUUGCUCUCGCAGCCUCAGCCCCAGGGCUGCGCUGCCUCUGCCGGAGACAGCACAAUAUCAGGGGUCUCAACAAACCCUUUAACUUCUUUCUUAAGUGCAGCUACACAAGAUCCGCUCAGAACACAACAGCUGACUGAGGGCUAUGACUUGUCAGCACUCGAGAACCCUCUGGCAGGGCAGCAGCAGGAGAAGAAAUAUGCAGCAGCAGCAGCUGCUGCUGCUGCUGCUACUGACGCUCAUGCCCCUUCGUUUGCUGCAGCAGCAGCAGCAUCAACUGCAACAGCAGCAGGAAAUGCAGCAGAGAUAAUAUCGCCGCAGCCCCAUGGCGUCGAAGAGCUUCUUGCUGGCAGCACAGCAGCAGCAGCAGCAGCAACAGCUGCAGCAGAAGCAGCAGCAGAAGCAGCACUCUUACGGGUGCCUUAUAUGAAGGAGUCCUUCUUCCAUUCAGCAGCAACACAGCAGCAGCAGCAGCAGCAGCAGCAUGCGGCCUCAUCGUGGGCAUCUGAGUUUCUUAGGCAGCAGCAGCAGCAGCAGCAGCAGCAGCAUCGGCUGCAGCGCUUCGGCAGUGAUGCGGGGCUGGUGCAGGAGUGGGCUAAGGAGUUUGAGGCGCUGUCUCUGGGUGGCCCCGCAGCAGCAGCAGCAGCAGCAACACAGCAGCAGCAGCAGCUGCAGCAGCAGCAAACUCAUUUUUUUGCUUCUCCUUCUUAUAUCUCGGGAGCACGAGAAGCUUCAGAGCGGUUUGCUGCGGGGGCCCCACCCUUUGGGUUGCAGCUGCCGCUGCAGCAGCAAUUCCCUUACCAUAUGCUGCAGCAGCAGCAGCAACAGCAACAGCAACAGCAACAGCAACAGCAACAGCAGCAGCAGCAGCACAGUGAACAGCAGCAGCAGCAACAACAAGAGCAAGAGGAAUCUUCACAACCGGAACCAUUUGACCCCGCUGUUGCACGAGACUUAGUGAAGGGAUUAAAAGCAGCGGGAGGCCCCAAAAUUCUCAGCGCAGAGUUUACAAAGUUUGUGGAGGCCCUUGCAGAAGGAAGGCUUAAGCUCGAGAAUGGACAGCCGGCAUCUCGCGAGGGUUUGCCUGUGAACCUGGUUUCUCGCGAGGGUUUACCCGUGGACUGGGAUACUGAUUUAGCGCGACAAGAGUUAGAGAGAACAACAACAAUUAAAAAUAAUAAAACAGCAGCAGAUGCAGCAGCAGGGUUUGAGGGGUCUUUACGUGAGCUCGAGGAGACCUGGAAAAGGGCCCAUGAAAACGGAGAGAUUGACACUGAAGAACUGAUGCUGUUUCAAUCGAUCUUUAAAUCCGAAGAAAUGGAGGGGAUUCUUUCAAAGGAUAUACAAGAGCACAUGGAAGAAGUCUUUCAGCCCUCUGUGGAGCCGUCAUUGGGCGUCGCUGAGGACCUUGAUGAACAGGACGCAAACUCUCCGCUGUACUUCCACCCUAAUAACCCUUAUUUAAAAAACCCUGCAGGCUUAUUAACAGCAAACAAUUUAUUAAGUAAAGGACAGCUUCAAGAAGCUAUCUUGGUGCUGGAGGCAGAGGUGCAGAUACACCCCAACAGCAGCGAAGGCUGGAGGCUCUUAGGCCAGUGCCACGCGGACAAUGAACAAGACGUGGAGGCAAUCCAUUGUUUGAAGAAAGGCCACAGUGUUGACCCGUACAACCUCGACAGUCUGAUGGCUUUGGGGGUUUCUCUAACGAACGAGUUAGACAUCGCUCAGGCUCUUCUUUAUUUGCGCACUUGGCUGGCGAACCAUGAUGAUUUUCAGCAUCUUCCCGGGCUCUCUGAGCGUGCCCCGGAGGAUUUUAAUGCCUUGAAGGUAGAGUUAGUGUCUCUGUUUGAAGCAGCACUUAGAGAGCCUCACGAAGCAGCAGGGCAGCUGCAUGCAGCUUUAGGGGUUUUGUAUAAUAUUGACAGAGUUUAUGAUAAGGCCCUUCACCACUUCACCGAGGCGCUCAAAUAUACGAAGGGUUUAGAGGCUGCAUCUAUUUGGAACAAAAUAGGAGCAACAUUAGCGAACUCAGGACGCUCAGCUGCGGCACUGCCUGCAUACAGACAAACCCUAAAAUUAAAACCUAACUACCCUAGGGCUUGGGCUAACUUAGGGGUUGCAAAGGCUAACCUUGGCCAGAUGGAAGAGGCGCUGCAGCAUUAUAUUGUUGCCUUGGAACUCAACCCAGAGGCUACGCACCUUUGGCAUUAUAUUCGCAGCGCCCUCAUUAGCCUCAAUCAAUACAGCUGGAUUGUCUACGCAGAAAACCGCGACAUGGAGGGUUUACGGAGGGUCGUGCCGCGAACAAUGAUCGGAAGGCUGGGGGGAUUCAAGGUUUUCUCCGACUCCGAAACGGCCUGUGCACGCGGACAACUUUCGCAGCAGGCCAUGCAGCAGCAACAAGCAGAACAGCAGCUGCUGCCAGAGCUGCUGCAACAGCAGCAGCAAGAGCAGCAGCAGCAGCAGCAGCAAGACCAGGUAUACAGCGUACAGCAGCAGCAGCAGCAGCAGCAGCAGGGCAUAUCGGAAGAUCACCCAGGAGUGCUCCUGGAACGAGAAGAAGCCCAGCAGCGGCAGCAAUUCUUUCAGCCGCAGCAGCAGCAGCAGCAGCAGCAGCAGCAGCAGCAUCAGCAGCAGAACAUGGUAGGGCAGCAGGAUCCCCUGCCUCCUGCUGCUGCUGCUGCUGCACAUCAGCAAGACACUGCAGGUCUCAAUCCGUCCUAUUCUUUCUGCAGCAACUGGUUCAGCAGCAGCAGCAGGAAGGACCACCCCACAGCAGCAGCAGCAGCAACAGCAGCAGUAGCAGCAGGGGCAGAAGAGGCAGCAGCAGCACAAGGCAGCAACAUGCUGCUGACAGAAGAAGCAUUUGCAGGUGCUGAGGCGACAGCAGAAGAAAGAAGCAGCAGCAGCAGCAGCACCAACCCACAAGCUCUGCAUGCGACACCAGCAGCAGCAGCAGCAGCAACAGAUAGUGAAGUGAAUGCCCCCAACGAUUUAUCAGCCGUCUUUGAAGAUGCAGCCUCAGCAGCAGCAGCAGCAGCAGCUGCUGCUGCUGCUGCAGCAGACGGCCUCAAGAGCAGCAGCAGCUCCCUCUCCGGCCUUCUGAGCUUCAGCGAGGCAGCAGCAGCAACUGAAGAAGACAGGGACUUAGCCGGAACAGCAGCAGCAGCAACAACAACAACAUCAAAAACAGCAGCAGAGGCAGCAGCAGCAGCAGCAGCAGCAACAGCAGCAGGUAGCAGCUCUCUGCAAUACCCUGACGAGACAGAGUGUAGCAGGUUUUUUCGCUCUCCGAACAGCCCCACAGAAGCAGCAGCAGCAACAGCAACAGCAACAGCAACAGCAACAGCAGCAGCAGUAGACAACAACACUAGCCUACCAGGCGAAGUGCUGCCUCCAGCAGCAGCAGCAGCAGCAGCAACAGCAGAGGAUCUGAGGGCCUUCCCUACGGUUUGCGUAGACUCCCCCACCGAAGGAAAAGAAGCAGCAGCAGCAGCAGCGGCAGCAGCAGCAUCAACAAGCAGCAGCCCCGCAAGUUUGCUGCUCAGUCCUGGCGCAGUUGUACACUGCAGCAGCAACUCGGAGAUGCUGCUGCAGCGCGUAGCAGCAGACAGCAGCACGGGUUCGUUGCUUCCGCAAGCAGCAGCAGCAGAAGCAACAGGAGCAGCAGCAGCAGGUGCAGCAGCAGGUCAGCUGCCUGUGCUUCGUCGUGUGCAGAUACUGCCUUUAAAUCACCCCCACACCUUAUCUGCUGCUGCUGCUGCUGCUGCGCUGCGGCAGCUGCAGCAAAUCGACCCAAGAAUAUACCCUGGUAGGGUAUUCUAUGCAAAGGGCUCAGCAGCAGCAGCAGCAGCAGCAGCAGCAGCAGCAGCAGCAGCAACAGCAGAGACAUCUCUAGGUACAGCGCCAGCUGCAGCAGAUAUAAUCCAUGUGCUGCCCCCGAGUCAUAGCGACAGCUCAUUCCCCGCAGCAGCAUCAGCAGCAGCAGCAGCAGGAGCAGCAGGGGCAGCAGCAGCAGCAGCAGCAGCAGCAGCAGGAGCAGGAUAUGAAGGAUAUUUGCCUUACGUUGUAGCAGCAAGUGAGCCUGCUUCAGGAGGCAUCUGCUGCUGCGACACGCUGCUGCACUGCAGCAGCAGCGCUGUAGCCAGGCCGAUACAGCGGCUGCAGCUUGUAGCUUUGCUACAGAACUCAUUUUGGUCGUUGACUUCAGGGCUUCCUAAGGGUGCAAGGGUAUAUGGUAUCAGACAGCAGCAGCAGCAGCAGCAGCAACAGCAGCAACAGCAGCAGCAGGAGGAGGUGCAGCAGCAGCAGGAGUGCGGUGGAUAUCGUCCCUUAUACCUGCCGCCUCCAGAUGUGCAGCUGCCGUCUGCAUUCAGACCUGCAGCUGCAGCAGCAGCAGCAGCAGCAGCAGCAGGAAGAAGGGGCCAAAGUGCAGCGAUAUGGCGGCUAGCUGCCUUAGAGACACCUGCUGAGAGGGCUAGACAAAACCAGCUGCAGCAGCAGCAACAGCAGCAGCAGCAGCAGCAGCAACAGCAGCAGCACAAAACGCAGCAGCAGCAACAGCAACAACAGCAGCAACAGCAGCAGCAGCAUGAUACUGCUGACAUGACGAGUGAGAGCUCUCUUGCGGAGUUAGAAGACCCAUCUCAGGACGACGCGAUGAACAGCAGCAGCAGCAGCAGGAGCAGAAGCAUCAACAGCAGCAGCAGCAGCAGCAGCAAUGUGUGGGGUUUAGGCGAUUUGAUGCGAAGCAUGCAGCGAGGAGCAGAGAGUUUGCUGCGGUCAAUAGCUUCAUUUAGCAGCCGGGGAGAUAUAUAUGCAGAUGAAGAUAUACUUUUUAAAGCGCAUGCAGCCCCGUACCUGCUGGCGGACUCUGUCGUAUUCAAAGGCAAGGUCUUCUGCUCCUUCGGCGUCUUCUUUAUGGUUGCUGCGACUGAGCCCGAAUAUACUGAAGGCCCGGGCUACUGCACUCAAGACACCGAGAUUAAUUUGUGCGUGGACCCAUACGGCGAAUUUGACUGUGUUGUUAUCUCUCCCUUCAAGCAGCUCCUAGGCAGCCCUGCUGCUGCUGCUGCUGCUGCUGCUGCUGAUGAUGAUGAUGAUGAUGAUGCUGAUGCUGAAGACGCAGCCAGCGCAGCAGCAGCAGCAGGAGCAGCAACAGCAAUAGGAACAGCAACAGCUGUAGGAGAAGAAUUAUUAGUUAACGAAGAAGACGAACCCCCAGCAUCACCACCAUCAGCAGCAUCACCAGCAUCACCAGCAUCACCAGCAGCAGCAGCAGCAGCAGCAGCAGCAGCAGCAGCAGCAGCAGCAGCAGGAAGAUGUAGAGGAGGCUUAAUGUCUGUGGAGUCAAUAUGGAAGUGCUCUCUCUCCCCCUUUCUUUCAAACCCCUCAACCCGCUGCCGCUUGUUUGCUGCUGGAGAUAUAUUUGCUGCUGGAGGUCUGCAGUUCAAAGUUUGUUCGACGAACCCUUCUUCUCCUGCUGCAGGCGCAGCUCGCAUCGGCCCUUCUACAGCCAUUCGCAUUGCAGAGGCUUUGGACUUUAGUGUGAUUGACGCCAUCAGUUUGCUGCAGCCGGAAGCAGCAGCAGCAAUAAAACAAAGUGCUGCUUAUAUGAGACCCCAGUUGCUGCUGCGGGCCUUUAACAGGCUGCCAGAGGAGACACAGUUGCUGCUGCAGCAAAUAGGAGCUCUUGCUGCUCUACCGCAGGAGCCCCUGCAGCAGCAGCUGAAGCAACAGCAACAGCAGCAGCAGCAGGAAGCGCCGCGUACACACGCCACCAGCAACAGCAGCAGCAGAAGGAGGAGAAGCAGUAGCAGCAGCAACAGCAGCAGCAGCAGCAUUCGAGACACCCAUAGAGAUUCACCUUUGAUAGAAAGCGAGGGGCCCCUCGUUAGCGAAUUUGGGGGCCUCCCGAGGGCCCCUUUAAGCCCCUACAUGCGCAGGCUGCCUCCUGUUAGGCAGCAACCAGCAGCAGCAGCAGCAGCAGCAGCAGCAGCAGCAGAAACAGCAGCACAAGCACCUUUAGGCAGCGGGUUGCUGCUGUCUUCACCUGCCAGUGUUGGGGGGUCUCCCUCUCCUUCAGCAAACCCUUCGGCUUCCGAGGGGCCCCUCGAGGGGCCCCUCCCCCACAGCUCAUUGGAUGAACCAGCAGCAGCAGCAGCAGCAGCAGCAGCAGCAGCAGAAGCAGAAGCAGAGGAACCUGGGGUGUCUCCUUGGCUCGAUGCGCCGUCUGCAUGCUCCUUGACCGAACCUGCUCCUGCAGCAGCAGCAGAAUCAGCAGCAGCAGCAGCAGCAGCAGCAGCAGCAGGUGAAGGAGCAUGGCAACGAUUUGCUAACUCAAGUGAGGGGGGCCCCCCUUCUGUCGAUGGAGGGGGCCCCUGGGCUGAGGUAUUAGGGGCCCUGGGGCCCCCCAGCAGCAGCAGAAGCUCCUCCCUGGCAAGCCGAGCGUCUUCUGAUUCAGCAGCUUCAAGUGAUUGGGUAGGGGGGCCCCCCUCACCAGGGGGCCCCUCUUCAAGGACCCCUUCUACAGCCUCUUCUACCAGCAGCUUUAGCUGGGGGGCCCCCCGACUUGCUGCAGAGACAAUAGAGCAUGAAAUGCUUCUAACAAACCAUCAUCAUCCUGCUGCAGUACAAGCAGCAGGAGAAGGGGCCCCUAGGAGGGGGCCCCCAGCAGCAGGGGCCUCGGGAAGGGGGGGCCCCCUCUCUAAUGAAAAUACAAACCCGUUGCUACCAGAACCUCAAGGGGCCCCCCUACUUUAUAAUGCUUCGAACAUAAACUCCAGUAGCACUGAGGGGGGCCCCAGCGAUCUGCUGAGAGGCAUAGCUGAGGAUGCCGCCCCUGCUGCUGCUGCUGCUGCUGCUGGUGUUGCUGCUGCUGUUGACAGCCCGAGGUGGGGGAGGGGGCCCUGCAGCGGUCCCCCGCAAUCAUCAUCUGAGGAAGAGGAGGGGCCCCCGGCCUCCUCUCCCCCAUUCGUAGGUGCAACAGCAGCAGCAGCAGCAGCAGCAACAGCAGCAGCAGCAGCAGCAGCAACAGCAGCAGCAGCAGCAGCAGGAGGAGCAGCAGCAGGAGGAGCAGCAGGAACAACGAUAACAACAGCAGCAGGAUCUUCUCCAGCUAGUUCAUUGCUGUCUCCUUCAAGGGGCCCCCAACCCAAGGGCCCCUUUGCUGCUCUUGGAUCGGCUGUUGAUACUUUUUGUCUCCCUCUAUCUUCAGGCGGAGGCUCUUUCUCUCUCCCCAACACUGCACGCCCAUUACCCUUUAGAACAGUACGCUUAUUUAGGGGGCCCCCCUCUGAGGGGCCCCCAGAAGGGGCCCCCCUCCUUGGGGGGCCCACCCCUGAGAGGCCCCUACUUGGGGGGCCCCCUGAGAGGCCCCUACUUGGGGGGCCCCGUGAGAGGCCCCUUAUUGAGGGGCCCCCUGAGAGGCCCCUCCUAAGAGGGCCCCCUGAGAGGCCCCUCCAUGGGGGGGGCCCUGAGGGGCCCCCUUUAGGGGGCCCCCAUGAGGGUACCGUACCUAAAGUAAAUCUCACUCGGCCGAGCGUCGGCCUUACGUGCAUUCAAGGCUGGGGGGCCCCCAAAGCUGCAGCAGAGGCCCUCCCCCCCUUCCGCUAA